CCCUACGCCCUCUCCAUUGCGACUCAUUAUGAUAAUAGUUGCGAUGCGACUUCGAACAUAUAGUGACUUUUAAGAUGUGUGGUCAGAUAAGGAAGGAGUGGUGAAUGGAAGUGUGUUCGGAGCGCUCGCGGAGUAAAGCACACCAUCGCAGGCAAACAUUCCGAGCUACGCACUGCGGCGCCGGGUAGCGUACACAAGCGCACGUCCCUUCCCCAGAGAGCAGGUAUCCCCUGCCCACGUCAUUGCAAUUGCGCCUUCGAAGCUAUUUGUACCAUCAUAUUCGAAAUCGAGUAGCCAGGAAUUACACCCACCAACAGCCUCCGAACACAACAAUCACGAACAAGAUGUCUGCCAUCCAGAACGUCGCCAUCAUUGGCGGCAACGGUACUUUGGGAAAGCCAGUUCUUGAAGCACUCAAGAAAUCCGAGUUCAACGUCUGGGUCAUCAAUCGCCAGACCUCAAAAUCAGUAUACCCCAGGACGCAAGUCAUUACAGUACCAGACGAUCUGAACGUGGAUGCCAUCGCCAAAGAACUUCAAGAGAAGGAGAUCGAUGCACUCGUCAUCGCCAUCGCUGGUAGCAAUGUAGAACAGCAGAGGAAGCUCAUAGAUGCUGCCUUUAAAGGAGGAGUGGAGCGAGUAAUGCCAGCCGACUUUGGCAGCUGUGACUCUGCAGAUGAGAAGACGAACGAGAUUCUGCCGCUGAUGAAAGGCAAGAAGGGUAUUCGCGACUACUUGAUCGAGGUGGAGAAGAAGGAGCGAGAUGGCAACAGAGGGAAGCUUACCUGGACGAGUUUGAUCAACGCACACUUUUUCGACUGGGGUCUGGGCAAUGGGCUGCUGAAGUUCGAUGUCAGAGGCCGCAAGGCGUAUUUGCUCGAUGGCGGCGACAUCAAGUUCUCAGCAUCGACGCUUCCUUUCAUUGGUAACGCCGUCGUUAGGAUUCUGGAGAAGCCUGAGGAGACAAAGAAUAAGCUGCUGUACAUCCACAGCCUGUACAUAACACAGCUGGAGGUGCUUGCCGCGCUGGAGAAAGCGACAGGCGACAAGUUCGAAAGGAUCGAUGAGAACAGCGAAGAAGAGCUGAAGAAGGUCAGGCCGAAAAUGUUGGAGGGCGAUCACGAUGCACGUGAGGAGGUCGUCGCUAUCUGGGGUGUGGUUGCGGCGGAUUGGAAGAAGAGGGAGGCUUUUGCGAACGAUCUACUAGGACUGAAAGAAGAAGACCUUGACGAGGUUGUCCAGCGAGUGGUGAAGGAUCUGUAGGAUCCUUUCUCGCUCAUACAGACUUAAGUGC